AAAUUAUUCAGACAGAGUCAGCCAGACGAUCCAUUGCGGGCGGCGACUGCCUGCUGCUUCAGUUCGCCUUUGGCACACCACCGAAACUGAAGCAUAAGCAAAAGGGAGAGAGACAGAGAGAGAGAAUGUUAGAAGCGAAGAGUCUGAGGAAGGCGGUGGUUCCUUCGUCUCUAAUCGAGUAUCCCUCUCCUGGAAACCUCCAGUCGACUCGCCUGGCCCUCCAUGUCAAUGACGCCGAUUCUACUUGCUGGGUCUAUAUUGCUUCUGGAUGUAACGUUUACAAAGUCCAGUUAUCAAUGGAAGACCCAUUGGUCAGUCGAGGAAAGGAAAGCCUCCUGAUUCCUGAACAAAUUCAGGUUUUGGAUUCUGCAUUGGUCAAUCGCUGUCCUCAUCGGUCAGAGAUUCAGAGUAUAGUGCUUGCUGAAACUGAGAGCACUGGCUGCUUAAUGUUGGGAAGUGUGGAUUCUCAUGGUCACCUUAUUGUUUCUAAACUGGAUUGUAGUGGCAGAGAUGUUGACAGACUUACAUACUCAUUAGCGCCUCGGGAUCAUGGUGUUGGAGAAGGUGGUUGGGCAGGGCUUUGCUUCAGUCCCAAUCAAUGGUCCAUGGCGGCCGUGGCACACAGCUUCUGCAAGAGUAUUGACGUAUAUGACCAAGAUAUUCAUCUCCGGACUUUACGUACCUUGUGGUAUCCAUCUUCUGUAACCUUUAUGCAGACUUUAUGUAGUGAGAAUGGUAGUUCUAUAUUAGCCAUCACAGAAGGUUGCCAGCUGACAAUUUGGGACUUAAGAAUGAAAGAAAAUGGUGGUUGUGUGCAUAGAAUCUGUGGUUCUGUUGGCAAUAAUUUGUAUGCUGUCUGCAAUUCUUCAUCUGGUAACAUUGCCGUGGGUGGAGCUGAUCGUACUGUGACCAUUUAUGACCCUCGCAGAUGGGCAGCAUUAUCUAGGUGGUCACAGUGCUCUAAGUAUGAGAUUACUGGACUUGCUUUCUCAUCAGUUGACCCUGACUAUAUCUACAUUCAGGGGGUAGAUUAUGAGGUUUUAUGUGGAGGGUGGAAAGAAAACAAGAAGGCAUUUGCAUUUAGAGGAGAUUCAAAUUGGCUUGGAUUUAGUAAGUGUCCUAACCGGGAUGUUGUGGGCGGAUGGUGUGAUUCAGGCAGCAUCUUUGUGGCCGACGUUGGCGAGGGGAAUGAAAUACAUAUGCCAGAAGGUCUCUCUGAUGGAUUAACCUGUUAAAUGCUUCAGCUGUCUCUUAUCUCUUUAGUUGCUUUACACUACUUUACCUUUUCUACAUGUCAUGGAUUUCAGCAGUCAAGCCAUUCGUUUUUUGCAAACAUAAAAGUUUGUGUUCUGCCUGACUGGUGUGAUUUGAUCAUCUUUCUUCUUGUUUGGGGGGAAGGAGAGGAGGGGGAGGG